UCUAGCUGCUUGCGUGUCGUCGGUUCAUCCUCCUUAAAAUAUCACUCACACUCUCCCAAGCACCCAUCAGAAAAAACUCACAACGAUUCGAUCAACCGAAGGAAAUACCAUAUCAAAUUCUUGAAACGCAGUUGUGGAUUUACCCGCCACUGUUGCAGAAAAGCUUCAGCUUCCUCCUCACAAGUGUUUGUUAGGUAUCAUUAAUUGGUGAAGGAAAAUGAACCCUGAUAAGUUCACCCACAAGACCAAUGAGACUAUUGCCGGAGCUCAUGGCCUGGCCAUGGAUGCUGGCCACGCGCAGUUCACGCCGCUCCAUCUUGCAACCGCAUUGGUAUCUGAUCCCAGUGGCAUUUUGAGCCAAGCCAUUGCCAAUGCCGGUGGCAGUGCAGACGCUCCGAAGUCUGUGGAGAGGGUGUUCAACCAGGCCCUGAAGAAGCUCCCAUCUCAGUCACCUCCGCCGGAUGAAAUCCCAGCCAGUUCAUCUCUCAUCAAAGUGAUUAGGAGAGCGCAGUCAGCGCAGAAGGCAAGAGGGGACACACACUUGGCCGUUGAUCAGUUGAUUCUUGGUCUUCUUGAGGAUUCCCAGAUUGGGGACUUGUUGAAGGAAGCCGGCAUUGCUACGGCCAGAGUGAAAUCUGAAGUCGAAAAGCUUCGCGGGAAGGAAGGGAAGAAGGUGGAGAGUGCUUCUGGGGAUACUACAUUUCAGGCAUUGAAGACUUAUGGACGGGACCUUGUUGAGCAGGCUGGGAAACUUGACCCGGUUAUUGGCCGUGACGAGGAGAUAAGGAGCUUGAUGAACUGAGAGACAAGCUUCAGCCACUGGUGAUGAAGUAUAGAAAGGAGAAGGAAAGGGUUGAUGAGCUUCGAAAGCUUAAGCAGAAGCGUGAAGAGCUCUUGGUAGCUUUAGCAGAGGCCGAAAGAAGAUAUGAUUUGGCUAGGGCUGCUGACUU